AUGACUGCACCAAGUCGAUCACCUCCACCAGAGGAAGAAAUACACGAAGACGACCCAUGCUAUGACGACGCCGACAUCUCUACCGUUCCCUUUGUUCAGCAAUAUCCAUUCGGUCGCGGACUCUGGAAAAACCACAUAAACUUCGUGCCAGCAGCAGGAGACGAUGCCGAAUCGACCACUGCACCUUCUACACAGGGGAAGACUAUGGCCGAAAAAUAUCUCGCCAUCAUGUUCCCCAACGGCCAACCGCAGCCGAAGCCCGAAGCAUACCCUGUUUGCGGCAUUUGCGGUGAGCCGGUCAAAGAAACCGAUCAACGAAGCCAUUAUCUCAGUCCUGCGCAUCAAGCUGCGCUUCCACGAGCACCCAUACCUUCAGCAAUCGAUCGAUCACGAAUGGGCCUCAGAUACAUGCAGAAACAUGGCUACGAUGUGGAUGCGCGUGUGGGCUUGGGCGCCGCUGGGCAAGGCAUGCUGUUUCCGUUGGUACCAAAAGAGAAGCGAGACAAGUUUGGUCUAGGCAUCGAUAAAAAGGAGCAUACCAGGCGGCGAGCUCUCGGUGGUGCGAGUGCCUUUGAAGUCAAGCAAGGGACACUCGAUGCGGGUAAGAUCCAAAAGUUGGCGAAGAUUGAAAAGAAGAGGCAUGAAAAACUACAGAAGUUAUUCUACGGCAAUGAUGAGGUCGAAAAGUAUCUUGGUCAACUUGAUGGCUAG